AAUCAUUAACGCUUUUGGAAAUCGGUAGCAUUCUUCCAAGAUUCUCGACGUAGCGAUGAUUCGACUUGCAAGUAUACUCUUCUUGUGGCUGCCAAUUGCCAUGGCAGGGAACGAAACGUACGAGCCCUGCGAUCCGUGCAUUUGGCAAGCGUCGACGUCAAAAUUGGCAGCUAUCAAAUUACGGCUGUAUACAGGCGAGACUGUCGACGAAUACACGGAGGUGGUAGUCGGCGAAGCUGUGGGCCUCAUGGAUCAGAUGAACCUUAGCCAGUCGACCGUCGUUUAUAGUCACGGUUUGUUCGGGACACCGAAUUGGAAAAGCAGCGAGGCCAUCGCCGAGGCAUACAUCAAACGAGGGAACUACAACGUCGUGCUCCUCGACUGGGCGAGUAUAACUGACACCGAAUGGUUCUACGCCGGUCGAAGCGUUCCUGGUGUCGGCUACACCCUGGCGACGGUCCUGAACGAGUGGGUGGCAGCCGGUAUGGAGGUUUCCUCCCUUCACAUCGUCGGCCAUUCGUUGGGAGCACAAGUAUCCGGGUACGCCGGGCGAUACGCGAAUUUCACACUGUCCAGAAUCGUAGGUCUGGACCCGGCGUCGUUCCUGUUCUAUACCGCUUUAGAGCAUGUGAAGUCUGGCGAUGCUGAUUUCGUCGAAAUCAUUCACACCGAUGCCGGCGUCAUUGGAAUCGACCUGCAAACAGGAGAUGUCGACUUUUAUCCCAACGGUGGCGUCAACUUGCAACCAGGCUGUCUGAUACCAGAGGUCUGCAGCCAUCUCAGAGCUUGUUACUAUUACGCCGAAUCCGUACGAAAUGAGACUGCAUUCAUUGGCCGUGCAUGCGAUUCGAAUUCGGCAUUCGAAGAAGGCUCAUGCGAUUCGAAUGACACAGUGGUGAUGGGCUACGCUACGCCGACCACCGCGAGCGGCGCGUAUUAUCUCGAGACCAACAGCGAUAUGCCUUACGGCCGAGGAGAGGAGGGCGCAACUUACAAGAAUGCGACUAAUGUAGUAUCUGCAACUGCUGAAUCUCUGUGGAAGGAAAUGAAGUCAAUAUUUUAAUUGGGAUUGGGAUUGGGAUUUCGUAAUCGGCAAUAUCCGCCGAGAGACACUAAUAUUCGUAUUGUAGCGUCGAUCCACCAAUGUUUUCAAAAAUAAAUAAAUGUUCAACCAGCAAGAUA